AGACCCGUUCCAGCUGCACAAUCACUCACGUCAGACCUAAUAAUACACCCUGACAACGGACACAGAGCGAGAGAGGGAUGGAAACAGAGGAGAGUGGGGGUCCACUGACUCACUCCCAGGGUCAAUAAGCGAGAAUAGCCCCCUGAGGAUCUGGGGACAUAAAUACAAUGGACUGGACAGAGCGGAGCAGUCCAAACACACACACACACACACACAGCUCCACUGACCAGAACUCUGGGAUUAAGACACACAACCCACACACCAUGUCUCAGCCCGGUGAGGUAAAGAAGAAGAAGCGUCCUGUGAUGAAGGAGGAAGACCUGAAAGGAGCCCGCAGCAAACUGGGGCUAAAGGGCGAGCCCAAGAGUAAGACUUAUGAGGUCAUGGUAGAGUGUGAGCGUAUGGGGGAAGGUGGCUCCCUCUGUUUUCAGUGGGGUGAAGUCUGGAGGAGAGACAGUACUGGAGAAGCCUAAAGCCCCAGGAGCCAGCAUCUUUGGCAAGUAGAGCCAUCCAGUGUGGAGGAGUGUUGGCUAUCAUCACUGCACUAGAGUCUAGAGGAGAGACAGGACAGACAUGAAUGGACAAACGGCACCGAAGAAGCCAAACCUUGCUGUUAUUCAAUGGACUGAUACCUGUUGUUUUUUUCAUUUUCAGCACGGAAAUAGGCCCAUGUCGUUUUGAGCUAGUUGUUCAUAGUAGGGUUUGUUCAUACUGUAUGAUGACUGUUUUUGAUUGAGAAUUUCAAAUUGUAUGUCAAUUGUCAUUUGUAAAUGCUGAAAUAUUGGUUUUAUGUUUUUAUAAACAAAUGAAUGACCUCCCUA